GCAGCUGUUUGUAAUAAUCACAUGUUAUACCACCCAAUCAAUGCAUUUCUUUGGAGUUGAGAUUAUUUUAUACAUCAAGAAUAAUUGCUGAGAAACAGAAACGUCACUUUGUCGAUUUGUCACAAAGGCUACAUAGCUACUAGCAUCAAAGCUAGUGUUUGUAGCAGACACUUUAAACGUGCCCUAGUUUAUCAAGAUAAUAAUUUAAUAUGUGAAGCGUAAUGAACUUGUCUCUGUUCUGUCUUUAGAGUGAGGCUUGAUUAUUCUAGUCCUUAUUCUCUCAGAAUGAGGGACACCGUGCUUCAAAAUGCCAGCAGGUGAGAGAGAAGACCACUCAAAGACCCGGGAGAGAUUUAAUGAAGCCUUAAAAAAAUAUUCAGAAUCUGAGAAGACAAAGUUGAAGAAGAGAGGCACUGAAACAAAGGAGACUAUAGCGCUUCAGAGUCUCAGAAAGAAUCUUAACCUUGAAAAGAACACAGAAGAUGAUGAGACCAUUCUGCAGAACACCUAUGAUCCUGAACAGGGCAGCCCUCGUUACACCAAGAACAAAAGAAGAGAAAAGGCUAACAUCAACAACAGCAAAAACCAAGAUGAGAUUACAACAUCAAAAUCUACGAGGAAGAGUAAAAGGGGUCUCCCUACCCUGCAUUCACCUAAAGACAUCACAGACCACAUCCAGGAGGAUCCAGAUGCUUCCAAGGAUGACAGCAGGGCUUUGGAACCAGAUGUUGGUGCUGGUGGAAAAGAACUGAAACGAAAAAGCAAAAAGGGACAAAUCAAAGGAAGCACAGAGGGUUCAGCAGAAAACCAGGUGGAAGAUGCAGAGGAACACCUGCUGAAUGAAUACCAGCAGCAGAUAGAGCAGGAAGAAGUAGCGACUGUGAAGAAAACAAAGGCUGAGAAAGAAGACAAAAGUGUUGGGUCACAAAAUAUUACCUUGAAUAAUGAUGUAGGGAAGAAGAAAAAGAAGAAGUUAAAAUCUGUGACAAGGGAGUCAGAUGUUGGGGACCAAGAAGAACAAGUAGAUCAUGAUGCUGAUGUGAAAGCUGAAACAGAAUCAAAGGGGAAAAAGAAAAAGAAGAAAAAACACGUUUUUAAAGAAGAAAGUGAAGCUGACUCCGAAGAGCCACAGAAGGGGACGUUUGAUGCCAAUCUUGUGCUUGGAAUCUUUAUCCACAGAACAGAUCGCCUCAAUACAGACUUUAUGAUCUCACACCCCAUGGUGAAGAUCCAUCUCAUUGAUGAGACCACAGGACAGUAUGUGAAGAAAGAGGACUGCCAUCGGCCCGUGUCUUCAUAUUACGAGCAGGAGAAUGUUGACCACAUUCUCCCCAUCAUGACUCAGCCUUUCAACUUCAAGAGGAACAAAUCCAUUAUCCCUGAGUGGCAGGAACAGAUCAUAUUCAAUGAGCGUUUUGGUUACUUUGUUGGACAAAAUGAUGGAAACCCCAGAGUCAUCCUCUUCUUUGAAAUCCUGGAUUUUAUGACCAUGGAAGAGGCAAAAGCCAACACUGAUGCUGAUAAGCACGAGCAGGGCUUUAGAAAAAUAGCGUGGGCUUUUCUUAAGCUUGUUGGCACGAACGGUGUUCUAAAUGUUGAUAACAAGCUUCGCCUGCAGCUCUUCUGCCCUCUGCCUCGAGCAAAAAGGCAGCCUAAAACUAUAGAAGUGUUUGAGUGGUGGAGGAAACAUCCAAGAACUAAAUAUGCUUCCACCCUUUAUGUUACAGUGAAAGGGAUUAAACUCCCAGAGCAUGUGGACCCCAGUAUCCGGUCUAUGAUGGCUCUACAGGAAGAGAGAGGCAGCACCUUCUACAGUGAGCUGCAGAAUGAGGUCACCAAGAGAAGUCUGGCCCAACCUCCUUACAGCAAGCAGCCGGUGUUGAGAUGGAGCCGACUCCCGGGUCAGAUGUGUCGGGUUCCUAACAAGCAUAUCCUGGCGUUUCGUGGAGGUCAGAUGGGUUGUUUCACUGUGCUGUUUUCUCGUGCUGGAACCAUGCUGGCUGCUGCUUGUGCUGACAGAGAUGCUUUUCCUGUUAUAGUGUAUGAGAUCCCCUCUGGUACAGUAUUAGCUGCCUUCAGUGGCCAUCUGAAAAUAGUUUACGAUCUCUGCUGGUCCAGAGAUGACAGCAGUUUGUUGUCUGCCUCCUCAGAUGGAACUGUGAGAGAGUGGAAUAUGAAGAGGCUUGUGGAAACAGCCCAGAAGGUGCUCCCUCACCCCUCCUUUGUAUACUGUGCUCAGUACCAUCCAAGUGCCCCGAACCUGGUGGUGAGUGGGAGUUACGACUGUCUAAUCCGAGUUUGGAGGCUCGAUGUGGAUGAUGUGAGUGGUCAGCUGCUGCAGGAGUUUGAGGGUCACAGCAGCUUCAUCAACACACUCUGUUUUGACUUUGAAGGAUCUAGAAUGUUCUCUGCAGACAACACAGGCACCAUCAUUGUGUGGAAAACAUCAGUAAAUGAGAGCACGCAAGUACAGAAACCGUGUCAUCACUGGUCUAUAGAGAAGAAGGUGGAUGAGAGUGACCUGAGGGGCGUGGCCAUCAACCUGCUGCAGCUGCAUCCCAAUGGACGGUGUCUGCUCAUACAUGCCAAAGACAGCCUUCUGAGGACGAUGGACUUAAGGAUGCUGGCUGUGAAAAAAUACACUGGAGUUACAAACUACAGGGAGAGGAUCUACAGCACCUUCACUCCAUGUGGGACAUUCAUCUUUUCUGGUAGUGAGGAUGGCAUGGCGUACGUCUGGAACACUGACACAGGGGACCAGGUUGCAGUGUACUCUGAGCUCUGUUACCACACAGCUCUCCAUGGUGUCUCUUUCCACCCGUAUGAGAACAUGGUAGCAUUCUGUGCAUGUGGUCAGAACCAGCCUGUGCACGUGUACCUGUACGAUCACAAAGUUUCCCAGCUGGAGCUGCAGAGCAGAUCAGCGUCUGCAGAGCGAACUCUCAGAAACACCCCCGACUCUCUGCCGCCGCUGCAGGACACAUCAGUUUCUUCAGCUCUGGAUCACUUCGCCCACACAGCACGGCUUGUCAUGAAGAGGCAGUUUGUAAAGGAACACCUGGAUUCAGUUCUUGAACCACAUCGAAGGUCUUCAGCCUCUGGCUUUAUUUCUGAUCAUGAUAAAAUGGGCAUCAGAAGCUGUACAUCAGACUCUGACACUAUGGGAUUAAAUCCGUCACUGCCACCUCAGUCUCUCCUGUCUCCACACUCCAAGCUGCAGAUUAUCCCUCCAGCAGCACUCAGCACACAAACCCACGAGAGUCUGGAUUUAGGAGGUGGUUUUCCAGUGUCUCAGCAUCUAAAAGGAGCUUCAGCUUUUUGGCAACAGACGACUCUUUCUGAUCACAUCUCUUCAGAAUCUUAUGUGGAAACAGGUUUUCUUCCUGUUCAACAAGUGGUUGUGUCCCUGUACGACUACAGAGCAGACAGCUCUGAUGAGCUGACCAUUCGGCGCGGUGAUGUCAUCCAAGUUCUGUUCAAAGACAAAGAGAACGACACGAGGUGGUUUGGGCGCUUGGUCAGUGGACUGCAGGGAUAUUUUCCUGCUUCUUAUGUAGUCGAUCAGAGUGAAUUCAGAGAAGAGGCUGCAGAGAUCCACACAGCUGUGUCUGACACAACCACUGACCGGACCCCCUCAAAUAGGGUUUCUGCUGCCAUUACUUCUUCUGGGAAUCUUACGUUUCUCUCUGAACCCGCUUUUUCGGACACAGAAACUGAGCUGACCAGCACCAAAACGAGACGAAAAAGGAAAGGAAAGAAACCCGGACAGCCUGCAACUGCAGUUAGUCAGACAGAGCCUCCAGGACGGAUCAAAACCAGGAUCAGAGGCCGACCAACGGACAGACCUCUCCCAAAGAGACCAGUGGGUUGGACUAACAGGGCCUUUGAACCCGAUACCUGAUACUGGUCUGUUUUAUAAUACUGGAUACUUUGAUAUCUGGGUUUUAGGUUGUCUAAUUAUUUGUUUUAUUCUGUAAAGUGCUGGAAUCAAAUUAAUUACUUCAUUAAAAAACACAAUAUGUAUGUUAAAUAAUUUCUGUAUAAAAACACACAAUGUCUAAGAUUGUA